AUGCCCGUGCCACCUGCCGUGACCAACUGGCUGCGAACCACCUUUCCGCGCCCCCAAGUUGAUCCUGUCUGGCUCGAAGACUGCUACGAAUGGCUGCAAUCAGAGGCCCCCCAACCCCUAACGACGCCAGAGGUCAUUAAUGGCAUACGGAAUCAACUCUUAUUCUCUGGCCUUAGUGAUUCUAUGGUCAGAGGGACUGGAUUUCCGCCGGACAUAGGCGAGAUGCAAGGAACUCGUCUCCCAGGUCGCCCUAUCUUGGUUGAGAUAGUUCAAAUAGAAGAAAUCGGUCUGAGUGCAUUGUCCUUGCAGAAGACCCUGGAGUCGCGCCUUGAACGAGCUGCUGCGGGGGAGACCGAGGAAGGGGACCCCCUUGAGGACGAUGGGAUAGGGGAGGUCGGUGGGAGGAUACCAAAAUACAAACGCUCUAUGCUCAAGCUCCACUUGUCAGACGGACACGUAGUCAUCCCCGCUAUUGAAUACCGCCCCCUACCAGAGCUUGAACUUGGCGUAACCACUCUCGGAUACAAGUUGCAACUUAAGGAUGCCCUCGUGCGAGGGGGGACAGUCUUUCUCGAGCCAGCGACCGUGACACUACUAGGACACUCUAACGCCGAACUCGACGCGAUGAGGGACGAAAUACUAGCGCGGAGUCUACGAUUCAGGCUGGGACAACCUGACCCACAACCCCCAGCACCUCAGCUAGACGACGAAAUGGCUAGAGCUGCUCAUCCCCCGAAUACUCGACCUAUCGUCCCCCUCCCCGCCCGAGCUAGUCUCGGCGGUGCUCAGCCUGUCCCCGUGAACCCUCGACCCGCGCUUCGAGACGUCACGAAAGACCUGCCGCCCGCAGCGCGUCCCUCGACAAAUCUCAACAAUAAUAAUGACGAUGAACCUCCCCAUCGGCGAAAGCUCCCCGGCUCGCGGCAACGCACUUCCAUUUCGGACACCAGCGGUGGCUCGAUAUUCCCCAGUGCCAGGCAAUCGACCCAGGAUACUCUUGCUCAGCUCACGCAGAGUCAGCCCGCGGACAUCCCGUCCAAGUCAACACUUGCUCCUGUCCGUUCCAUGGAGUCCCCGUACUUCACCUCUGCGAGUAACUCCACGGCUGCAUCAACCUCGGAUGCGAAAGCGAUACAAGCCUCCUUCCACCUUACUCCCACCCGUGCAGCGGCCACUUUGGUCAGCGAUAACUUCGAGGGGAACAUGCUAGGCCACACCCUUUGGUCUGCCAGCCUUCGUGAUUCUCCUCGAACUGAUAUCGCUCAAAGCAAAGAUAAGGGAAAGGCUCGAGACGUUGUGCACGAAACUCCUUUUGUUAUAUACGAGGACAGCAAGGCCGACAUGAGUUCCGACUUCGGGGAUACUCUAGACCCUAUCUAUUUGGAGGCCUUCGAUGAGGUUGACCGACAUGCCAGCCACUCGCUUGCCCCAUCUAGCCAACCGCCCAAUCAAUCAGAAAUCAUUACGAUUGAGUCUGACGAAGAAGACGAGAAGGAGAAUGCCCCGUCGGCUCCGAGACACGUUCGACGCAGGAUGGGAACGAGUCCUGUGCGCUCCCAAAGCACUGCCGUCGAACACUUGGGCAUCGUUGAAAUCAGCGAUUCUGACUGA